AAGAGGAGAAGAAUACGACUGAGUGAAGCAUAAAAAAAAUCAUAUCUAUUGUUCACGAUUUGCUGUAUUGAGGGCGAGCGGCCGAAGUGGGAAAAAAAAAAAAAAAACUCACGAUAAGCGAAAGCCCCUGGAUGAAAGCAGCACAGUAUGAACGGACUCAAGCUCCGGAGCUCACAGGGCUGCUGGACGUGCAGGCUGCGGCGCAAGAAGUGCGACGAGGCACGGCCCGUGUGCGCCGCUUGCGGAGGCCUGGAGAUCGACUGCCAUUACAGCGAUGCUAAGCCCGAGUGGAUGGACGGCGGGCCGCGCGAGAAGCAGAUGGCGGACGAGCUGAAGGCCCAGGUGAAGCAGAAGGCGAACGAGAGGCGCGAGCGGAAAUGGGGCCUGCUGCCUACCAUGACGGACUUCUCGCCCAGCGCGCAGGAGCAGCGCCAGGAGUCGGACCGUGUCAUGAGCGACGCUGGAGACCCCGUGCCUAGCGAGGAUGGGUAUAACCCCUCCAGCACGACAUUGAGCGAGUCAUCGCAGUCGCCUGCGGGGUCGAGCAGCACGUCGGCGUCGUCGCCGCCGACGAACGACGAGUCGCAGAUGAGCGCCGGACACCACCAGCCCGUGCGGCCCGCCGUGGGCUCGUUCCCGGAGCACAGGUCCGAGGUCGAGGUCAACUUCACCAUGAUCUACCUGGACUACGUGGUGCCGUUUCUCUUCCCGUUCUACCGGCCGUGCCUGCUCGAGUCGAGCCGCGGGUGGAUGCUGGUGCUGCUGAUGAAGAACCGCGCCCUCUUCCACACGGCGCUGUCGCUCGCCAACUGGCUGUACGCCGUGCUCUUCGACAGCCUGAACGGGCAGCACAGCGCCUGCCGCCGCGCCAACUGGGCCGAGCUCCAGGUGCACCAGGAGACCGCCAUCAAGGCGUUGCAGGAGGACAUCAAGGCGCUCAACGAGCGCGGCGUCGCCAAUGCCUUUUUGGAGAGCGUCGGCUGCAUGCAGAGCGUGAUCCAGCUCCUCGAGUUCGAUAUCGCCAUGGCCGACAUGUCGAAUUGGCAGGCCCACCACGAUGUCGCCGUCGCGCUGUUCGACCAGCUGAUUACGCACCACGCCGUGGCCCCCAUGGGAUCGUGGAUGUCGAUCCUAGAUCGCAUCGGGGCCCCCUUCUUCCGGGUCAGGGUAGAGAACGAACGGCACAUCCUCGCGUCCGACCAGUCGGCCUUCAAGUUCUACACGGCGUACCUUCUCUGGAUCGACGUGAUCGCCGCGACGGCCCUGGGCACGGCGCCCCGACUGCAGAAGUACCACGCCGAGCUCCUCCACGGCGACGACCCCGUGAUCCAGCUCGGCGACUACGUCGGGUGCGAGAGCUGGGUCGUGCUCGAGAUCGCCGAGGCCGCGGCCCUGGCGACCUGGAAGCGCGAGCAGCAUUCGAAAGGGUCCCUCUCCAUGAUCGAGCUCGUGCACCGCGCCUGCGCGAUCCAGACGCGGCUGCGGACCAAGAUGGCGUCUCUCCCGUCCGUGCCCACCUCCGACCGCGCCGGCAACAUAUACGACCCAUCGGCGUACCAUCCGGUGACGCCAUAUUCAGGAUUUCACGAAAUGCUCGCAGAAUCCUCCUCGAAGAAAUCCCAAGCCGUAUCCCUGCACACGCGGAUCUGGGCCCAAGCGACAAUGACCUACGUCAUGGUCCUCGCAUCCGGCCUGCAGCCAAGUCUCCCCGAGAUCCAGACCAGCGUGGAAGCGACCAUGGCCCUCCUCCGCGCGCUGCCGAGUCCGCUGGCCCUGCGCACCGUGAUCUGGCCGUUCGCGUUGACGGGCUGUCUGGCGCCGGCGGGCCAGGAGGCGUUUUUCACGGGCCUCGUGGCCGACAUGGGCGCCAUGCACGUCUUCGGCACCGUCAGGGAGGCGCUGAAUAUCAUGCAGAGCGUCUGGCAGCACCGCGAGAGCGGGUGUUGCGCUGAGCCGCAGAUGUGGGAUGUCGCGACGUGUUUUAGUGUUUUGGGACACCUUUCUCUCUUGGUUUGAGCGGAUAGAGCGGCUGUUGUUGGUUGUUGAAAUUUGACUGGACUGCUUGUUGAGUGAGAGAGAAGAUCCGACGCCACAGGCGUGCGUGUGUGUUACCGUUACUUGUACCAACCUAGGUACUCACAAUGUUCAUAUCUCCGAUUUCACAGCGCUUUGCUAGCGGUGGUAGAAAGAUGUUCGAAGAUUGAGUCUGCCAGCAAUAAAAGGGUAAAUUCCGUAUGAGCAGAAGGGUUCUACGAGGAGUAAAUUAGACAUUUUACGAAGCAGGCAUAUAUCUGUCACACGGCGGAAAUUUUGGAGGGAGCAUAUGGUUAUUAUGGUUUAUUGUUUCAUUUUGAAAUUCGAUUAAUUGACAAAA